AUGGACAAUCUUGACGAUUUGUUUGGCGAGGAAGGCAUCAAUGCCGCCAUCGCUGCCACUUUUGAUACUGAUGCCCUCUCUCAGCGCAUUGAGCGCUCUCACAUCGUAGGCUGUUGUCAGAGGCUAGCAUGGUCCAGGACCAGUUGCAUUGCUCAAAUAUCUGCAGAUUCUCGCAAAGUCCUCGUGCGUGCUCUCUGUCGCGACAAGAACACUGCCAAGUGGUCUUUGUCCGAUGCAACAGAGGUAAAUGCUUCAGAUGGUGCCAUCUUCACCCACGUUGAAUGGAGCAGCUCCGGUCUGGAUCUGGUCAUUGCAGAUCAGUUUGGUCGUCUUACACUAUUCAGUUUGACACAUGCCUUGAAUAGUCUCGAGCGUCGUCCUGUGAAUUUGACAAGUAACGUGGAUGAUCUCAACCAAAUUGUCGGCCUUCACUGGCUACCUCUGAAUCUUGCAGGACAGACGCGUACUGCGCUAAUCAAUCCUGCGGCCAAAGAAGGCAACCGAUGGAGCAAUACGAUGAGGCUUCACGAUAUUCAUGGUGUCUCCAAUCCAAUCGAUAACAAGGCGGCCUUCUUGUGCAUCACUCGUAGAUGCCAACUCAAACUCAUUUACGAACAACCUGGCCAGCCUUGGUCACAAGCUGGCUCGACUCUGGACAGUCUCACCGAUUCUGGAGACGCGCUCACACAUGCCGCCUUUUGUCAAGCCAACCAACAUCUUGUUAUGGUUACUUACGAUGCUUCUAAACAUUUGCGGCUAUAUAAGAUUAUGAUCAACUGGCAGGCUAAUGCUGGCGAUGGAAAUACCCACAAAGCCAGUCUGAACCCUCAAAUGGCGAUUUUGCAUGUCGAGCUUCUCGACCAAUGUGUUCCCCAAUCUUCUGAAAGAGCAGCAAGUGCUCAACUGUCAUCAUUGCAUAUUGAGCCAAUCUCGCAGGCUAUUGAUAACAGCACAUUCACAGUCGUGGCUGUUUUUACUAGCGCUGCGCAGGACCACGGCGGCAAAUUCAGUGUCAUAUCUCGAUGGGACCUUCAACAGACAGAGGCUACAUUACAUGAAAGUUUCAAGGGCUUGAAGCCGACAGCUUCACAACCUAACAACAGCAAAUCUAUCCAGAGAUUGCACCGUAUGGAAGACGUGAUCUCACCCAAGGCUAUACUGGCUUUCCAGAGCAAUGUAUACCACAACACAUUUGCCUUUGCAGCGAGCGAUGGUACAAUUGAGUUUCGUUCCCGGGAGACCAUGCAGGUCAUUGAACCCGACCACGAUGCCAACAAAGCUACAAGUCUGCCUCAGAAUGGAUUCAAUUUUCUGACUUCGGAAUGUGUCGACAUUUCUCUGUCGCCUAGCAUGGCAUCUUCUGUUAUCACCAAACCCGAUGGCACUGUCAAUCUGCAUAGCGCUGAGUAUAUACACGGAUGGAAGGAUGUAAAGGAAGACAACGAUCUCGCACAAGCCGCUGUUGUCUCUCUAGCGAGAGAGCUUGGCAUCGUGACUUGCUACCAAAUCGGCUUCGACGACCUCCUUUCUGUGAUCCCAACAGACCUGGACAGGAGCCUUCGCCGCAAGUUCAUCAGCGAGAUUUUCCGCACGAUAAAUCGCAACACAGACUUCUCGCUCGAUGAUCCCAAAUUGCAGUCUGGCAGAGUCUUGAAAGAUAGUCUUCUGUACAGAAUUGCUAGUGCUCAGCUGAUUGUCAGUUAUCAGACUGACCCCAAACGACGAGACAUUCCCGCAAAGGCAGCAUGGGUGCUGCUUAAUCUUCGCUCAGUAUGCACCAACAUUGCACAAACCCUGAGUAUGACACAGACAAUCAGGGGCAUGCAAAAUCUAGAGUCAAGCUUGUUUGUAUCACUCAAAGGAUUGGUGAGAUGGUCGUUGGACCUAAUGACGCUCAUUUUCGACGACAUGAUUGAGAUGAUGCGAUUCUGCAAAAGCGAUUUCGAUCGACAGAAGAUACUGACUUAUGUGCACGAGAAGAACACUGCAACUCUGCACCUUCUGCUCAGCAGUACAUCACGCGCGUUGCUGGGUAUGCUGGGCAACUUGAUCCGUAAUUUCGCUAUGCGUGUCGUUAAGACCCAAGAGAAGGUGCGACACAGCAGCAGAGCAAACGACAUUCGGGAUAGCGUGGAGUUACAGCACAUGGAAGCCAUGAUGGGUGCAGAACUGCCCUUUGAAAUCAGGCUUUUCGAGCAGCUCGUCGCAGAGACUGAUGGUAAUGUUCGUGCAACAUACCAAGCCGCGCAGUCAUCGCCUCCACAAAGGAGCUUCUAUGAGCAGAGCAUGCUCGUCGAUGCUGACAUUCCUGAAGCACUAAGUCCAGUACUACAAAAGCUGUUCGGCGAUAUAGUGCCACGGCUGGAAAAGCAGAUCGAUGGAGUCGCCAUCUACACUGCAGAAACGGCUUGGUUGGGUUUGGGCGAGGACGAAGAAGCAAACAAACGAGCAGGAAGACAACAGUACGAUGUACUGCGCAAAUGUGCCAUUCCACCCAACGCAAAGGUCAGGCAGUGCAGAAGAUGUGGCAGCGUGAUUGAAAACUUGGUCGAUGGACAUAUGGCGGCUUGGGUUCAGAACGCACAUAAGAUGUGCAUUUGUCUCUCCCAUUGGAUCGUUGCUUGA